CACGCGCGGCAUCGUCCUCCGUGCGUUCGCUCGAUACAGUUCGUUCGAACAUUUGUUCGGAAGGUCCUGCUCUGAUUACUUGAUGGGUGGUGGUUGGUGUAGCAUUUGAACUUUGCCACGAAUAUCCAGACCUUCUAUGAGGGAGAACGGAAUCCCUCCGUACGUGAGUGCGUGCUUCGAUAAGUUUGGCAAAGUUGUUGUGUUGGCUGUUGAUUCUUCCGUGGAAUGGUUGGCCGAUGUGGGAGGCAGCCUGUGAGAGUGUGUCUCUCCUCAUUUAGGGUGUUUAAUUAUGUAUCUUGGUCAACUACAGGCGAGUGCGGUGCGAUUUGACCAACCUAGUGGAAGUAGGUGCCAAGCCGUCGAGGCUGAAGAGGAAGAAAAAGAAGUGCCAAAGUGCUGCUAAUUUCGGAGUUGACUCCGCAGCCGGGAACCUCCCUUGAGUGCGUGAGUGUGUUGCUGUCGGAAAGAAGGAAAUGUUUAAUUGAUGAGAUGUGACCGUGUAGAAUGGGGCAGAGUAAUCAAUAUAAUCAAACAACCUCAAGUGGUGGAAGUGAAUGCCGGUAAUUCAAGAGGCAAAACCAUCGACGAAGAAGACGAGAAAGUUUCUGUAACAAGUGAUUAGAACGAUUCGACAUGUGGAAAGAGAAAUUCAAAGUGGAAAAUACUCUUGCCGUAGAAAUAAAUCAUUAGCUUAUAUUUGAAGUUCGGCGACGGGGAACACCAGACGAUUUAUCGCUGAACAGACGAUCGAAUUAGACAUAAUUUAAGAGAUUUCUUAUCAAAAGUCAUUACCCCAAUCUAGAGUACUAAAGCUAGCGUCACAAAAAUAGCCCGAUCGUAAAGCUCUGCUCUGUGUAAUCUUGGUCUUUCGAAGCUGCACUCAUAAUAACCCAGCCCCGUUACGAUCAGACCCUUCUCGAAAAAAAAAAAUUAUAAUUAAUAAAAACUCAAAAUAACCACGUCGCAAGACGAAGCCGAAGUAGUAGGAAAGUGAACAAAAGCAAGAAUUAAUUACAUCGUUUUUAUAUGCUUCACUUCUCCGGUACAAACAAACAAACGUGAAAUAAUCAAAAGAAAAUCUUAUUGCCGUUGUUGCUGCGUUCUGCCGUUCCCAGAAAAAGGAGAGGAAAAUAUCAAACACGUGCUUUCAAAAAAAAAAAACAUAAACGAACGUAAAUAAAACAAAAACCGCUCAAUAAAAAAACGGAUCGAAAUCACCAAUUUCGUUUCCCCACCAAAGUGACUGUGUACAAAUAAAGGCGCCAACUAGCAAUAAGAAGAAUAAGAAGAACAAAUCGAAGCCAGCGGAAUCAAACGGUGGUUAGUGUUAUUAUUAAAUAUUAAAGCACCACUUUACGGUUUAAAUUACAGCUUUGCCAGGAAGCCAGAGAAGAACAAGAAGAAUCGAAAAGCAAGCUGAAUACAUUGGGGGGAGAAGAAGACAUCGCGUCUAUGAACUGCCCGCUGCCAAUCGAACGGACGCACUCGCGCUUUGGCGGAAUCCGAAAGAUUCGAAAUCCAGACUCGGUAUAAAUAAAAUAUUAAAAUAUAAUUUACGAGAUAACGUGCCGCCGACGGUGGCAGUGGCGACGGCGGUGGUGGUGAUUCAAUCUUUUACUCCGACGAUAUCAAGAAACAGGUGUUCUGUCUUGGUUUGGGUGGGAGGAUUUCGCUUCGGCGAAGGUGAAAAAUCGAAAGUGUAGUGAAAAUUGGAAGCCGAAGAAGGUUUCACGUGUGCAGGGCGGGAAACCGAUCUAAAGCAGGAGUGGAUAUUCUGCCCCUUCGGUCGGGCAUAAACUUUCCGAUAAUCGGUUCUGAAGGCUUGGAGAACGGGGAAGUGCCGAAGUACAUGUGUUCUUUUGGUCGCUGAUAGAUACCCAGGAGGAAGGAACGUGUUAUUUCCCAACGCACGCAAACUACAUACAACGCCUGCGAGGUAGAUUGCGUGCACAACAUCGAUUGGCGCGGACUACAUAGAGGCACACCUUGAAGGUGACGACGUCAUCAGUGUGGCCUCAAUUUAACCCAACCGCCAAGAGAAACACGUGCCCACUGCAUUCAACAAUUGCGAGGGAAAAAAAAGACCCUGUUGACGUACGACGACCACACCGCAUCGCAUCAGAAGCAUUCACCUGAUCUGAUAUGCGCCCCGGAUGGGGAAUUAAUCAUAAAUUAAUGUCAGAGCAUAGCAUCCGCUCUGCCGUUCGGACCAGGACCGGCUGUCGGUUGUGUAUCAAAUUUAUUUUUAAUUGAAUUUUAAACACUUUCGUUCCGGCUGCGGACACACGGACCAAACCUAGAACACAUCGUUUGAGCCUUGGUCAUCAUCAUCGUCAGUGUCGCCUUCCCGGGGCCUUCCCCAAGCAGAGUGACAACAAGUCAUCGAGAAUUUUGGCAAUCCGCCAGCCAAGGCUCCACCAUCGUCGGGGAAGAGAGGGAAAGAGGGUGUCAUCAACAAACCGAACCGAUUUGGGUCUGAACGCACAAACAUACUCAUACAUAGACAUAGACGGAAAGCCCCUCUUCUCGGACAUCCAGCAAAAAUAGUGCGACUCAAACGGAUACCACCGUCAUCAUCAACAUCAUUGUCAUCGUCGACCGGCUCGCUGCUGGUGAUGUCCUGCUGCUGUGCAGCUGGGAGGUUCUCGUGCUGAUCAAUCGUGAAUUCAUCGCGUACACAUAAAACUCGCAUUCGGCUAGUGGAUAGGAAGCGUUCGAACCGCAAUGAAAAUUUCAUUACCGUCGACAAACAUAUAUGGGAGAUACUCGCGAGUGUAAGCGCGACCCACCUAGCUCGACAUGCAUCAGAUGGGACCGGGAAUUGGAGCGCAAAAAAAUAAAAUCUAAAAAGCGCACGUGGACGCGGGCGUUCUGAAAUCAAUUAGUGAGAAAUAACGGUGGAUUUUAUAUCGGUUGUGUGCGGCGAAAAAAUAAGCACAAAUGAAAAACAAACUCUCUGAUGGGUGAAAAACAACAACCAGCUCGGAUCAUCAUCGCAGCGUCGACUUCGGCGUCGGCGGUGACAGACGUGGUGCAGUUUUACGACCGUCAACAUGGAAAACGGUUGACACAUGCGAAUGCUUCGCCCAUUGAAGCGCACCUCUGCUGCAGUGAAGAUGAUGACGACGUCCGAGAUGUGGAUCUGUGGGAAAAACGGAAAUAGACGUGAUACUUAGUGGCAAAUAUCUCCAUCGCGACGCUUUGUUUUCCUUCUACUUUUUUUUUUUAAGUGUGAGAUAUCGAACGGGGUGUUAAGGAAAAGUGAGUAACCGCACACAGCGAACCAGACGGAGACGAAGAAGUAUUUUCCAGUAAGAAAUUAUGGCCACGGCAAGGGGCCGUGCCGUCGGAGAAGAGUCUUCUUCUUCAUGGCCUUCGUGGCCUUGGACGACGCCGGUCCGGACGGUGACGGAAAAAGUGCACCGAUUCGCGACCACUGCAAUCCACUCGACGGUGACGGCGACAGCGACAGCGUCGACCUCGUGGAGUCCCACUUCAAGCGAGGCAGGGGAAGCGUCGGGGCUCAGUGAUAGUGGAACGGUGCUGGAUUAUGGUGGUGCCGGUAGCUUUCUGGAUGAAUUCACCAACGAUGUCAAUGGCAGUAGCAGUAGCAGUAGUACUGAGCUACUCGCUGGUGCUUUGUCCAAUUUUAGUGGGCCCCCGAUGGGGGGACCCACUGCCAGUUCGUUGUUUGCCACCAGCAGCAACUACUCGACCGAGUUCAGCAUCAACCGUAGCAUCUCUUCGGUCGAGGGCAGCUUCGGUGAUCCGAGUGGGAUGGCUGCAAACUCGCGGCUAUCGUUUGCCCACGUUCCGGAUCUGCUGCAGGAGGACGAGCUGAUAGCUCUGUGGAACUGUACGAAUUGUUUUUUGCUCAAUUAUAGCGGUAGUAGUGGCGGCUUGGGGCUGAUCAACGGAACCUUUAGCACCAGAUUCGGCAAUGGGACGGAUCGGGACGUGCUGCUGCUGAGGCCCGACGAUGGCAGUGGGUUCGGGCUGGGCGGGAUGGAUGACCCCGAGAGUACCAUUUUUCUGAUACGGAUGAUAGUGACGGCGGUGGUGCUGGGGAUCGUUAUACUAGCGACGGUUAUAGGAAACGUAUUCGUAAUAGCGGCCAUUCUGCUGGAACGGAACCUCCAGAGUGUGGCCAACCAUCUGAUAUUAUCGCUGGCCGUGGCAGACCUUCUGGUGGCCUGCCUGGUGAUGCCCCUCGGAGCCGUGUACGAAGUGUCGAAAGAGUGGCGACUCGGAGCGGACCUCUGCGACAUGUGGACCUCCAGCGAUGUCCUGUGCUGCACGGCAUCGAUCCUCCACCUGGUGGCCAUUGCUCUCGAUCGGUAA